CAACAAAAUGUGGAAUAAAUCAAGGGGUAUGAAUACUUUCUGAAGGCACUGUGCAUAAUUCAGUCAGACACCUCAGAAAUGACAGAUGACAGGAGGCGAGGCUUUGCAAAAUUAUCUAUAAAUAGAAUAGUUAGAGAGAGCACCAUACAUCUUCAGACAAGUGUUGACUUCUCAACAAGACUUCACAACCACAGUGGUUAAAACAAAGAGAUGAAACCGUUUCCCUCCCUCCUGGCAUUGGGGUUGUGCCUGAUGUUCAGCCAGCCAGACCUGUCUACAGAGGAAAGCUUGAGUAGCCCAUUCAUUCAAAGUUCAGUGGAGGAGGCAAAGAGACUCGUAGAUGAAGCUUACAAGUACUCCAGAGAAAAGAGUCUGGAGAGAGUGCGUGGGCAGUCCACCAGGCCCUCAGAUGUCCUGCAUCUCCUGAAGCAGCCUGCCAGGGACACACGCUCUGCUGUGCGGUCUGCAGACUACCUGGAGAACACCUUGAGACUGAUCCAUGAGAAAGUCCACAGCACACACAGGUUGCACAAACGCUCGCUCAACGCAACAGACCUGCUCACACCUGAGGAGCUAGACACCAUCGUCCGGGUAACUGGCUGUGCAGCUCGUGUCAGCAAACCCUCCUGCCACACCACACCCAACAUUAACAAGUACCGCACAGCCACUAGCAUCUGCAACAACCUGAAGUACCCUCGUCUUGGAGCCUCAAAUACACCCUUCACUCGUUGGCUGCCUGCUCAGUAUGACGAUGGGAUCUCUCAACCCAAAGGCUGGGACCGAAACACACGCUUCAACAACUUUAUGCUCCCUCUGGUAAGGGAGGUCUCUAACCGUAUCCUGGCAACCAAUGAUGCUGGUGUUAAGUGCGAUAGCAAGUACACACACAUGGUCACCCUCUUUGGCCAGUGGAACGACCAUGACCUAACGUUCACGCCCUUCUCUCCCAGCAUUCGCUCCUACAGCAACGGCCUGGACUGUGACGAGAGCUGUGAACGCUCCGAACCCUGUUUCCCCAUCCAGAUUCCUCCCAGAGACCCACGCUUGCCCACUGGCCGAGACAGCUGCAUCCCAGUCUUCCGAUCAGCGCCCGUGUGCGGCACAGGAGAGUCUGCUUUCAAUUUCGGUGGCGUGGCCAACAAGAGGGAGCAGAUCAAUACCCUUACGGCCUUCCUGGACUUGGGGCAGGUGUACGGCUCUGAGGAGGGGUUGGCGCGUGACCUCCGGGACCUUACCAACGAUGGGGGCCUGCUGCGUGUCAACAAAGAGUUCACAGACAAUGGGCGUGAACUGCUGCCCUUCACGAAAGUGACGGGUAACAUGUGUGCCACCCGUCAGAGAGUCACCAACCAAACCAUUGCCAAGGAGGUGCCCUGCUUCAUUGCAGGUGAUGCCCGUGUGGAUGAGAACAUAGCCUUGACAUCUAUUCAUACAAUGUUCAUGCGUGAGCACAACCGUCUGGCCCGUGCCCUGCGUCGUCUCAACCCACAAUGGGAUGCUGACACACUCUAUCAGGAGGCCCGUAAGAUCAUGGGUGCCUACACCCAGGUGUUUGUGUUCCGGCACUACCUGCCGCACAUUGUGGGCCCAGACACCAUGGCCCGCCAGCUCGGCCGUUACCCUGGCUACGAUGAGAAGAUUGAUCCCAGCAUUGCCAACGUGUUUGCUACAGCAGCCUACCGCUUUGCCCACCUGGCCAUCCAGCCCAUGUUGUCCCGCCUGGAUAGCAACUACAAGGAACAUGCCAAGUUCCCCAGUGUGCCUCUGUUCAAGGCCUUCUUCACCCCCUGGAGGCUGGUGUUUGAGGGUGGCAUCGACCCUCUGAUCCGAGGUCUGGUGGGUCGGCCUGCUAAGCUGAACACCCAGGAUCACAUGAUGGUGGACGCUCUGAGGGAGAGACUUUUCCAGUUCGUACAACACCUGGCUCUGGACCUGGGCUCCCUCAACAUGCAGCGUGGACGCGACCAUGGCCUGCCUGGCUACAAUGCUUGGCGUAAAUUCUGUGGACUCUCAACUCCUACGAACCAGACUCAGCUGGCUGUGGUUCUGAACAACAAAGACUUGGCCCGCAGACUACUGCAGCUCUACGGCACCCCAGCUAACAUUGACGUGUGGAUGGGGGGCGUGGCUGAACCCUUUGUAAGAGGAGGCCGCGUCGGGCCUCUCUUCGCCUGCCUCAUAGCCACCCAGUUCCAGAGGAUUCGCCAGGGAGACAGGCUGUGGUAUGAAAACCCAGGCGUCUUUACCUCGGCACAGAGGGCUGCCCUUAGAUGUGCCUCUCUAGCUCGGAUCAUGUGUGACAACACUGGCAUUCUAAAAGUCACCAGUAACCCCUUCAAGAUCCCCAAUCGUAAGACCAACGGUAUCAUCAACUGCAACCGUAUCCCACAACUCAACCUCCAAGCCUGGAUUGUGAGACCAACUAACACCAAACAGCAGGACCAGAACCUGGAGCCGCAACAGGAGGCGGAGCAGUCAGACCAGGAUAACAAGAUCCCCCUGAAGUGAGGCCCCCCCCGGAUCCCAGGGGCCCAGCAGCAACGCCAUCCAGCAGCCCUCCGCCAUCUCUGUCCAGCUGGCCGACAACUUUUGUUACUUUUUGUGUUUAUUCAUUCCGAGGCAAAAAUCCAAGGAGUAGCCUAAACGUAUGAAUUGCAAUGCAUUGAUUUGUGCAAAGGAAUGCAAAAUAUUUGAUCAAAAUGUUUACAAAUUCAAAAGCUAAGGUAUUACUAAACAGAAAGCGAAACUACUGCUAAAUUCCUCUAUACACACCACCUCAAAAAAUACAUUGGCAGUGAACAUGUAGGACUACUGUAAAUCAGUUAGUAGUUUUAGUAGCACAUUUUGUAUAAUUGUAAUUAGUUUAUUAUCAACAAAUGUAACAAUAUUUGGUUAUAUUCGUAGCAUACGUUCAAGUCAGUUAUCAUCAGACUUUGUUAAAUGAAGCACACUUCCUGAAUUGUGUAAUGAUUUAAAUGUGUACUGCAUUCCUAUUUUCUUUAAUGCUUUUUAUGGUUUAUUUAACAACUAUUUCAUUUGAUUGACAUAUGUUGAAUAUGUCUAAUUGUAUGAAUAUGUACUGCAUCAGAAAAUAAAAAUAAAAAUGCACCUCUAA